AUGCAUACUUUACCUCAUCCGACCAUUCAGAUCGCGACGAUCCUAGUUGGCGACGCUGAAGUGCCUCUGUCCUUGUACUGGCAAGCCGUGGAUCUCUGGGAAGCCGGCCAUAGCAGCGAGAGAAUUGUAGUGCAUAUCGUUGCGACUCGGAAUGUUUCCAAUCUCGCCAUGUUUCGAGAAACAAUCCAGCACAUUGUUUACAACCAAGAAUUGAUCAAACGAAGCACCAUUCCGGCGAUUAUCACCAACACGAAUCCUGGCAUGCGACGAAACUCAAGGAUUGAAAACGUUGACGAGCUGGACAAUUUGGACGUUGCAGACAAGGUCGCACAGAGAAGAGAAAAAGAGAAACUUGGUCUGAAACAAUUAAUAGCUAGACUUGGUUAA